CCACUCCUCUAAUUCGGGGGCGGGGUAGUAAUAGCAUGGUAGGCUGUAUGUUGUGUUAUGUGUGCCAUGGACUCAACCCAGUGAAAUUGACAAUAGAGAAAGGAAAUUGACAAAAAUCAAAAAGAAGGAAAAAUGAAAAUAUUUUAAGUCCUAAACAGCGUCAGUGAAGGUACAGAGUGAAAAUAACCAAGGGAAUGUAAUCGAUUUCAUGACGCUUUAGCCAUUGUUUAUUUAAUGGGACUGUAAGGAUUAUCAAAAGAAUUAGAAAAAAAGGAUACACUUGGUGUUUGGUAUAUUAAAAAGGCCUAGCCUCUCUGCUUUAUUGCUUGAGAGUCUGUGUUUCCAGGGAUCUACACUGUUUGCAAGCAGCAUUACUUUUUGCAAGGAUUAUUGAUAAUCUCGGACUUGUAAUCAAAGAGGUUCAAGUAAGGCUAUGUCCUCGGUAUCUACCACUCCUCCAUCAGUGGAUAAAGUAGACGGAUUUUCUCGGAAGUCCGUCAGGAAAGCAAGACAGAAAAGAUCACAGAGCUCCUCUCAAUUUAGAUCUCAGGGCAAACCCAUCGAAUUAACCCCUUUGCCUCUGUUCAAAGACGUGUCUGUCACAGAACAACCUGAAUUGUUCUUGAAGAAACUUCAGCAGUGUUGUGUAGUUUUUGACUUCAUGGACACAUUAUCAGACCUCAAAAUGAAAGAAUAUAAGCGUUCUACUCUUAAUGAAUUGGUGGACUACGUCACAGUUAGCAGAGGAUAUUUAACAGAGCAGGCAUAUCCUGAAGUAGUUAAAAUGGUAUCUAGCAAUAUAUUCAGAACUUUACCGCCAAGUGAUAGUAAUGAAUUUGAUCCUGAAGAAGAUGAGCCCACACUUGAGGCAUCCUGGCCACAUUUACAGCUUAUUUAUGAAUUUUUUAUACGAUUCUUGGAAAGUCAAGAGUUUCAACCCAGCAUUGCCAAAAAAUAUAUAGAUCAGAAAUUUGUAUUACAGCUUUUGGAAUUAUUUGACAGUGAAGAUCCUCGGGAAAGAGAUUACUUGAAGACAGUUUUGCAUAGAAUUUAUGGAAAGUUUCUUGGUCUUAGGGCAUUUAUCCGUAAACAGAUAAACAAUAUUUUCCUACGAUUUGUGUAUGAAACUGAACACUUCAAUGGUGUAGCAGAACUUCUGGAAAUAUUGGGAAGCAUAAUAAAUGGCUUUGCAUUGCCAUUAAAGGCAGAACAUAAACAGUUUUUGGUGAAAGUUCUUAUUCCACUGCAUACAGUCAGGAGUUUAUCUUUAUUCCAUGCACAGCUGGCCUACUGCAUUGUACAGUUUUUAGAAAAAGAUCCAACACUCACAGAGCCGGUUAUUCGAGGUUUAUUGAAAUUCUGGCCCAAAACCUGCAGCCAAAAGGAGGUUAUGUUUUUGGGAGAGCUGGAAGAAAUACUGGAUGUUAUUGAGCCGUCUCAGUUCGUAAAAAUUCAGGAACACUUAUUCAAACAGAUAUCCAAGUGUGUUUCAAGUCCACAUUUUCAGGUGGCUGAAAGAGCAUUAUAUUACUGGAACAAUGAGUACAUAAUGAGUUUGAUAGAGGAGAACUCCAAUGUUAUUCUACCCAUCAUGUUUUCCAGUCUUUAUAGGAUUUCCAAAGAACACUGGAAUCCUGCAAUCGUGGCUCUAGUCUACAACGUAUUAAAGGCAUUUAUGGAAAUGAACAGCACCUUGUUUGAUGAACUUACAGCUACAUACAAGUCAGAUCGCCAGCGCACUCUGCCCACCUUUGCUGAACCUAAAAAUGCGGUUCCCAACAGAGACCCUCCAGUAGUGCGUGAAAUUCAGAGGAACCAUUGCCCUACGGCAGUAAAUGAAAAGAAAAAGGAGAAAGAACGAGAAGAACUUUGGAAAAAGCUUGAGGAUUUGGAACUAAAGAGAGGUCUUAGAAGUGAUGGAAUAAUUCCUACUUAACAAAGACAGCAUUGGUGAUGCCAUUACCUGUGGAUUCACACAUUUAUGUAGUAGGCGAUGGAACAACAGUUUUCUGUAUUGUGCAACUUACUUUACAGUAGAUUUCACAUCCGUUUCAAUAUAACAGCAGCACUGUAUAUAACUUUCUCUUUACUUAAAAAAUUAAGAAUUAAAAAAAAAUGAAAGUAAGGACUUUGUCCAGUACCUGGACAUUAGAUGGACUUCUAAGAACUCUGCAAAUAUAAUCAUUGUUUUAACCCUCUUCUGAAACCCAUUUCUCAAGAGACCUUUUGGAUAAAAUAUCACUUCAAGAGUACCAUUGUCAAGAGUUCCUCAUAUAUCAUUAGCAGAGAUUAAGAAGAUACCCUUGCAAAUGUGGACGAUCUUAUUUAGCUUGUCCUUCUGCUACCAUGCUCAGUCAUUAUUUAAAGUAAAAGGACUGUCUAUUCCUUAUGAGUAUGUGUGAUAUUCUUUACCUCUGGAAAACCUAAGAUGAUUGUGACAAUUUCCUUUGCACUCAUUAUCCCUAAGCUGAUUUUUUUCACAUAUAUAAGGGCCAAAAGGUAGAAAGUUUUAAAAAGCCCUAUCAGGUUAUGGCUUACUGGUGUAGAUUUCUUGCUGAUACCAGUUUGGAUGUGGUUUUAUUGAAUGUGUAACUUAGAAAGUCACUUUAAAUUACAUUUAAUACCAGAAAUUAGUUGCAAGAAUUUUGAGACAUGUUUCUGGUCAAAGUGGUUUUGCUCAAGUAACUUAUUUUGAACCCUUUUACAGCUGAAUUUAUAAAAUGAGCACACUGGUAUGAAAUGCAUAUAUGCACCAGUACUUGUCUGAUUUUAACUGCAUAUGUUACAUCAAAAUACUACUUAUUUUUAGAGUUGUGGUAGAUGAACAUUAUAUUGAUUUGAUAUACCAAAAGUUCAAGCUUUACCAUACAACACAGUGUAGCAUUUUUGUUUUUGAAGAAUUGUGAGAGUGGGAAGUGAUGACUUUUGCCAAUAGUGCUAACUGAACAAAGAUGGCAGAAAUGGGUUAAUGCCUUAUUUUGUAACAGUUACAUUUUUAAAAGGGGCUUUAACCCUUUUAGGUCUGAAAAAGGCCUUUUUAUCCAGACACUUGAAUACCUAUUAAACACAGGAAGUGUGUUUCUGUUUGGGUUUAAAGACUUGUGUACAUUCUAAGAUAUUUAUUUUUAAAAAAAAUAUUCUAUUAUGUGCAAGCAUUGCAUUUGCAAAAAUGGAAGAGGGCUGUUUUUUCUACAGAUAUAUUUUAGGGUUAAAAUGUAAGUGAAAGAAUGUGUUUAAUGGGGCUUCACUGCUAAGUUUGGUUACAAAGGUUCAGGCUAGGUUUGUCAUGUGCCCUCUUCGUUAAAGCAGAGGGUAUCAGUAAAAAAAAAAUGCAGCUUAAAUUUUAAUAGGCAAACCUUAGCAAAUUAAAGCACUCACCUUUGGCUCCCUUUAAAAAAAAACUCUGGAUUUCAAGUAUCUGUAUUCUAAAUUGACUGCUCAUUCAGACCUGUGUUUUUUAAGAUUGGUCUUUAUAAUUCUUUUGAGCCAGAGAAAGUAUUAAUGUUCUUAUAUAUGUUAAUAAAAAAGCUGCAUUGUAACCAACAUUGUUUCAAGAAGUGAUAAGGCGAGAUUUUCUUAAUGAAUGUUAUUUAUAUGCCUUGCUUUUCUGGUAGAGUCCAGGAUUACUUUACUUCAGGUAAAAAUACAUACAGAAUGUAUUCAGCCAAGACAAAUAAUAGUAUGUAUAUGUUUCAGGGUUACUGUUCAGACUGUAUGAAAUAUUCUGUUACAGCAGUGAAUUGAUAAUCCAGAAACUUAAAUCCAGCAGUAUUGCAAUUGACACAUCUGUGGAUGAAUAUUUAAAAGUAAUUAAAUUACACUUAAUGAUAGCAAUUAAGCUUAUUCUGCAGAAGCCUAUUUUAAAACGGUUUGACUUCUACACUUACUUCUUCCAAACUACACAGUGGUUUCUUAACCUAAAAACAGUGCAAGUAAUGCAUCUUGAUGCUGUUUUAGGAUUAUCAGAUCACUCCUGUAGACACAUUGUUCUGUGACUUUCAGAUACUGUAAACUUAGCAACUUUGUACAUUUUUAUAGCACUGCAACAUCUGAAGAAAUAGCAGCAGGUUACUGCAUUUAACAAAAUAGUCUAUCACUGCUUGUUUGAUUUGAACAGUGGGCAUGUUAUGUUAUACAUUUGAAUGUACGUUUAGUAGAUUGUCUUAAGUGGAACCCUCUAUACUGAUUGUGUGAAAGCACAAGUGCAAUCUAAGUAUUCAUAUUGAAAGCAAAAGUGAUAACAAAAGACAUGGACCUUUUCACCUAUCUUCGGCAACAUGUAUCAAGUUCAUGGUGUGCUUGUUCCAAUGCUGUAUAUUUUACUGAACAAAUGUUUAGAGACCAAGUAAGAUGGUGCUGAAUAGAACUUCUCUGAUCAUCAGGGUUCAGAACAGAAGCUUUUUCUUUCCAGACUGACAUCUCAGUAGUCAAAAGAACUGCUACUUGGUAUAAAGUAAGAAAAAAAAAUAACUGUACCCUAGUAAGUUUAUGCAUUGACACGUCAGCCAAACCCAUCUUUACAUUAGCAAAUGAGAGUUGUAGACCAACUGGAUGCUGUCACAUAGUGGACAGAAACAAAUCCUGAUUUUGUCCUUGUGAUAUUCUUUUAAGUGGGUUUGUCUGCAGUGAAGAACGUAAAGUCAAGCUAUGCAUAUCAUCUUAACUUCAAGAGAAAAGGUUUUGGAAAUUGCUGUAUAUUUGAAAUGAAAUAAAGCAGUAUGGUACAGCUGCUUAAGAGCCUUU